AUGGAGGGAAUGUUCUAUAAUGUUACGAAUGGCUAUGUCGAGGGCAUUGUUCGAGGUUACCGCAACGCUCUUCUCACGAAUCAGAACUACGGAAACCUGACGCAAUGCGAGACCAUCGAUGAUGUGAAGCUUCAGCUGUCUCCCGCUUACGGCGACUUCCUUUCGUCUCUACCUCCGAACCCUUCCACUUCUGCUCUCGCCGCAAAGACUACAGACAAGCUUGUAUCCGAGUUCCGCUAUCUCCAAGCAAACUCAACAGGGUCCCUAUCUAAGUUCAUGGACUAUCUGACCUACGGUUACAUGAUUGACAAUGUUGCACUGCUGAUUACGGGAACGUUGCAUGAACGAGAUACUAGGGAACUGUUGGAUCGAUGUCAUCCUCUUGGCUGGUUCGAGACGAUGCCCGUACUUUGUGUCGCUACCAAUAUCGAGGAAUUAUACAACUCUGUCCUGGUCGAGACUCCACUAGCGCCGUACUUCAAAGGCUCCCUCAGCCAUUCUGACUUGGACGAACUCAACAUCGAAAUCAUUCGGAAUACAUUGUACAAGAAUUAUUUGGAGGACUUCUACCAAUGGGUGAAUAGCGACCCUGAAGUUUCCGGGACCCCUACAUCAGAGGUCAUGAGCGAGGUGCUAGAAUUUGAAGCAGAUCGCAGAAGCAUCAACAUCACACUGAACUCCUUCGGCACAGAGCUGUCUAAGGCUGAUAGAAAGAAACUGUACCCUAACUUUGGACGGCUAUACCCGGAGGGCACUCUGAUGCUGUCGAGGGCGGACGAUGUCGAGGGUGUCCGUAUCGCCGUCGAUGGUGUUGGGGACUACAAAAGCUUCUUUGAUCAGACUGGCCUAAGCGGUGGAGGCCCGUCGCUCGGAAACAUGUCAGGGGGCGGUGGCGAUUCUCAUAAAAGCUUAGAAGAUUUGUUCUACCAGAAGGAGAUGGAGAUCAGCAAACUCGCCUUCACUAGGCAGUUCACGCAUGCUGUAGUAUACGCAUGGGUCAAGCUAAGGGAGCAGGAAAUACGGAACAUCACCUGGAUAGCGGAAUGCAUUGCGCAGAACCAAAAAGACCGUAUCGGAAACUUCAUAAGUGUAUUUUGA